AAAUGAAUAGUGUAGGAAUUGAACCAGUGCCUUGCCAAAAUUACGCAAGGAUGGAGAGUGUAGGAAUCCAAGGUGUUCGUUGAGGUUGACUUAUUUUCAAUAAACCCUGUUUACUAUCAAUGUCAGAAGUCAAUAUAAGUGUUUUUCACAGUUCAUUGCAAUAUUGUAUACACUGUAUGGGCUUGUGUGCAUGCUUGACUUUCAUUGUGUAUAAUGAAGUGUGAAGGCCAUGUGGGUGGUGUUGCUGUUCAUGCGUCAAACGAAUAACUGUAUGAUCUUUGUUGAUAGCAACAUAACGAAAAAAUACAGUUACUUGUAACCGUACUUUAAUUUUUCCUUGGAUUUUCGAAAAUAAUGGACAAUGUGACAGGAACAAAUCUGCAUACAUUUGACAGGUGCCAGCUCCAUUGCAAGUUCUGUCAAACCUCUACACCUCUUUUCUCCAUUGUAUCCUGCUCUUCAUGUGGAGAUUCUACCCAUGACAACGGUGUAGGAGAGGUUCUGUGUGCUUUCUGUUUGAUGAUAUUAGACAACUCCUUGAAUUGGAAACAAUUUGAGACUACUAAAAGCAAAUACGGUCAACCAGCCAUAAUGUUGGAAGACAAUAGGCCUACCUCAUCAGUUGAGGAUGAAUUUGGCCUACCUAUAUCGGACUCCAAGCCAAAAUGUCAAUCCAAAAAUAAGAAAUCCUUAUGCGAGGUCUGUGGGGCAUCAGCAUCUGGCCUUCAUUUUGGAGUCUUCACCUGUGAAGGUUGCAAGUGUUUCUAUAGACGAACUAUCAAAGAAGGGGCAAAUUACGUGUGCCCAAAAAGCAAUAGCUGUUCUGUUACUAUGGAAACAAGGAAUUCCUGUCGCUAUUGCAGAUUUCAAAAGUGCAUGGCUUUAGGAAUGUGCAAGGAAGGAAUCAAAUUGGGAAGAAGACCGAAAGCAGACAGCGGGUUACACUAUUCUACCCACUUAAAGAUGGAAAGGGAUGGGCCUGAAGGGCCUGAAAACACGAUGUAUGUACCGAGAUGGCACUCCUGGCCUACAGUCUGUACCACUAGCAAUCAUCAGCUUCCAAUGAAACAAGAGCCAAUUUCUACGAGACAAGUGCAAAGCUGCUCUGGUUACAGCACACCACAUCCCAGUUAUAAACAAGAAACGUUUUCCUACUGCAGACAAAAAACAACUAUUGUGCAGAAUGAUGAAAUAAUCCAUCAAUCUUUUAACAACUUGAGCACUGACAUUUUAUGGAAUGAUCCUCAGCCAUUUCCUACUGGUUAUCAGAACUCCUCCCAAGUAAAUUACUCAUCUAUUGCAUGCCACCAUAUUCCGUCACAGUCGAUUGCACCAUCCUUAAGCAUGACCCUUCCAGAAGUCCAUACAGGAGCAUUCACAGCUAUGGCGUAUGCUAAUAUGUACCGAGGUCAAUAUAUACACGAUUCAUCUGGAAAUUAUAAGAAUGUACAAAAUAUCAAAUCUGAAGAUUCAGGUGAGGUUAAGUUUACUGAGCUGAAACCAUUUAUAAGAAAGAGUCGAAUUGCAAGUGAAACAAACAUUAUAUCCUCAACUCCCAGUAACUACUGUGAGACUUUGGAACAAGAAAAACAGAAUCAGAUGCAAACAUCAUCACAUGUUAGUAUGUUAUCGACUGAAAAUAGCUUAAAGCGAAAGAAAACAAUCGAGAAUGACAGCAACAACACAAAAAUCCCAAGAAUGAACCACUCAGAAAAACUCUCUUCAGAAGGCUUUGUCAAGGUUUAUGAGAAUUUAGAGAAGUUGAUAGUUGAGGAAUGGACGUCAAGUUUGAAAUCUAGUGGUAAUAUGUCAGAAGUGUUAAAUCCGCCAAAAUCCAGUAUGCCAAAUGUUAAACUUUGUUUCAAAACAUUUGCUGAAUCAAUAACAGAGUACAAAUGUUUUAAUAGCUUAAAUGAUGUCCAAGUUACAAUUUGCCCAUACCACAGAUAA